CGUUACUUGCAGUCACCAGAGAAGGAAAGAAAGAAAAGAAGAGAACUCAGAACCGAAACGCUCCGUACAAGAGAAGAGUAAUUCGAUCAAAGGAGGAAGAAGAAGAAGAAGAAAGAAGAUGGGGAAGGGAUUCGUUCCGAUGAAGGCUGUGACCUACGGCCUCUCACCUUUCCAGCAGAAGAUCAUGCCUGGUCUAUGGAAGGACCUUCCUACCAAGAUCCACCAUAAGGUCUCCGAGAACUGGAUCAGCGCCACCCUCCUCCUCGGUCCCCUCGUCGGAGUCUACUCGUAUGUUCAGAACUACCAGGAAAAGGAGAAGUUGUCCCACAGAUAUUGAGAGCAUGACAUUAUCAAUAUUUGGAUGGUUUCCAACUUUGUUGCUUUAGUCUUUGUCUAUGAGCAAAUAAUAAUGUGUUGAAACUCAUUUUUGCCCUUUUGCUUCUGAGAUGCCUGUGAAUUUGAGACGUUUCAACGUUGAUAUGUCUUAAUGUUGAUAGUUUUCUUCAUUUUA